CUAAAAUAUAAAUUAAAAGUCAUGUAAAAAAAGUUAUUUAAAAAAAAAGUCAAAAAUUUUUCACAAAAAAUCAAUUUUUUUUUAAAUGUCAUUUUUAUAAAUGUAUGGCUUUCUUAGGUUCACUUAGAAGCUAUACCCAUAAACUUUACAAAAAACUUUGGUUUUCUCCUUUCAGUCGAUUCUACUGAAUGUUAUCGUGUAAGCAGUGUGAAAGAAAUUUUUUAAGGCAGUUGUGCAUUUUUGCUUACAACUUAUAAUUAAAUAAAUAAAAUUUUAUAAUAAAAAUUGUACCUAAAGUACUGUAUUUUGAGUACCUAAAGAUAUGCACAAUAAGUGAAAAAAAAUCGCAAAAAGAUCCAUUGCUUAGUUUCAUUAGAAAAAAAUCAUAAAUUAGUGCUUAACUUUAGCCUCCUAAUGUAGACGGCCCCCUUAAAAAAUGGGAAGAAAAUAAGUGAGAUAGAGAUGUGGCAGAGGAUAAUGAAGGGAGGAAAAGAAAAGAAAAGGGAAAAGAACGAGGGGGAGAAGAGUGAAAUCCUGGAGAAGCUGAGAAGGAUAAGGGAGAGUGUGGAGAAACUGGUGGGACUGUGGGAAAUGGAGAGGAAAGAGAGGAGAAGGGAGUAUAGUGGUGAGCAGGUGACAGAGGGAGAGUGCAGUGCGGAGGUUAGCAAGGGAGAGGUAAAGAAGAUGAGCAAAGAAAAGAAGGAGACAAAGAUGGAAAGAACGGACGAUCAAAAGAAGUGGAAGGAGAGAGGUCACCGGGACGAGAAGGGAGAAGGCAAAAAGGGGAAAGGAAGGAUCCAGAAGGGUGAAGGGGCGGGGAGAGAGAGGAGAAAGAAAUAGGUAGAGAGAAGUGAUCAGAGAAAGGAGAAUUGGUGUGAAAGAUCAGAGGAGGAGAAAGAAGAAAGAGGUAUGCAGGGAGAAAGACCGGAAGAUAGGGAGAAGAAGAGAGGGGAGGAGCCGGAAAAGUCAAGAGGAACGGAGAAGAAAGAAAAGGGACUACUGAGACAAAGGAACGAGGAGGAGAAGGGAGGCAGAGAUGAAGGAGCAGAGAAGAGGACGGAGGAGAGAGGCGCAAAGGAGAAGAGAGGCGUGACGGAGAGCAGACAGGAGGAGCGGAAGGAGACAGAAAGACAAAGAACAGACAAGGAAGGAAGCAAGAAAGAUGACAGAGAGACACGGAGCGAGAAGAUGGAGAAGAGGGGAGUAGGAAGAGGGAAAGGGGAGGCAGGAGAGAAAGAAAAGAGAGGGGGGUACAAGGGAGAGAGGGAAUGGGGUGGGGGUAUGGAGGAGGGUGGAGAAAAAGUUAAGAGAGAGAGAGGAAGAGGCGAGAGGAGAGGAAGAAGCUAAUAGAGAGAAGGAUGAGGAACGUGAUAUGGAGGGAAGUGGAGGGGAAGGACGCGGAGGAGAGAGAGAAGUUUGUAUGGGGUAUAAUAAGGAAAGAACUAGAGAGAGAAGUGGAGGUGGGCGAGAUAAUGGAAAGAGUGGGAGAUGGAGGGACGGUAAUUUUUGUGGAAAUGAGAAGGUUGAUAGACAGGGAGAAAUUAUUGGGGAAAAGAGGGAAGGUGAAGAAGAGGUGGGGCAUAAGGAUAGAUGAAGACUUAACACGGGAGAAAAGAAAAGUAAGAUGGAAAAUGUUGGAGAGAGCGAGAGAGGAGAGGAGAUUAGGUAGAAAGGUGGUAGUGGAAAACAGGAGAUGUUAUGUGGGUAAAUAGGAGGGAGUGGGAAUGGGAUGAGAAAAGGGGGAGAUGGUGGAAGAAGUCGGUGGAGUAAAAGGAGAGGGGAGAGAAGGAGAGAGGGGUGGAAUAAGAGGGGAGACGGAGGGGGACAAGAAGGAGAGUUCUAUUUAAGUUUUUCUUGGGAUUGUUAUAAAGACAUGGAGGAAACCAAGGUUGGCGAAGUCGGAAGAAGAGAGGGAGUUUGGCAAGGAAAAACAGAAAGAAAGGAGAAGGAAGACAAGGAAAGAGAUAAAGAGGAAGGAGAAGGAUAGAGAGAGGAGGAGAUAGCAGAGUUUCAAGGAAUGGAAGGAACAAGGGAGAAGAAAGGGUAGAAGAAGAAAAGGGGAUAAAGAGGGAAAGUGCAGAGGGUUAAAGAAAGAGGGUCCGUGGAAGGGAGAGAGGUGCAGAAUGUAACAGGUCGCAGAUGGCCAGGUCGGGUAGAUGGAAAAUGUGUUUUAAAAGUUGUAAAUGGUUUGGGUACGCUCCAUUGAAAAAAGCGCCAUUGUAUAUACCCCUUGGGGUAAAGACAAUAAAGCUAUCUAUCUAUCUAUCUAUCUAUCUAUCUAUCUAUCUAUCUAUCUAUCUAUCUAUCAGUUUGUUAGUAAAUUAUUUUAAAUCUUU